AUGAUGAUGUCUUCUCGCCAAAGUGCGUCCAGACCCCACUAUAAGCAGUCUAGGAUAUCAAAUCGAGCAACACCUUCCUCGAUGCCGUAUACGACUAGCUCUAGUCGAACCGAGGCGACACCUGUACCAUCGUCUAACGCUCGGAAUAGCGUGUCCGAGGCUUCUCUACCCAUAACCGGCAGCGUCCCCGACCUGUCCAACCUUUGCCUUCCCAGGAAGUCCUAUCGUGACGGGAGAUUAGCCCUCGAAUCGUCUCCACUUUCGGCAACGCAGACUAAAGGUCCUCGCACGGCGCGUUCCAUCUAUCCGUCGUUCGAUACGUCGCGCGGGAGCUCCAGCUUAGGGCAAGCGGACGUGACCGGAAGCAUUGAAACAAGCGAGCAGUACAUAGCAGAGGAUACGGACUUGACGGUAGACGAGAUCUUCGCUAUGGUGGAAGAGCAGCUACCGCUACACUCACAAUGUCGCCAGGUGAUUACACGCGACGACUCCCAUGCACGCUCAGGGACGACCGGCACUGUGCUAGAUCCAAACGAUGUUCGCAAACCUGCCCCUCCCGCAUGGGUAGAUACCGCUACACACACUACGCGCACGAAUACGCAAGAACGAAGCUUCAAAGCAUCGCCCCAACCACACUGGGACCAAUCCGAUCAAGAUCAACAACCUCCUUCCCUAGCAUAUCUCCAAGACUCCUCUUCUUCCUUCUCGGCAUACGGUGAUGGCACGACAAGGGAGUGGGAGGAAUCCAAGGGCGCUGGUAAACCGGUGGAGACAGUGACUACCAGGGACGUGGAGGUGAUCCACGUCGAAGUCGAACCGGGCGUGUUUUUACCUCUCCGGGGAUCAGAGGAAACUUUACGGGCUAUGGCGCAGGGUACCACCAGGCUAGUCCAAUGCUUAUCCUGCGAAGCCCCGCUAGCAUGUGUCCCCGACUGUCAGAUGGUUAUUUGUCCCGACUGUCGCGUCGUUUCUCCCAUCCUGGACGAGGAACAAAACAUGCGCAAUGCUUUCCUUCUCGCCUCCAAGACUGGUUCACCCUUGAACGGUAGCAGUGUUGGAUUGGGGUGGAAAAUGAGAACGUAAUAAAACUAGGCAUAUUGUCUCUGGUUGCAAUCGCGUAAACUCUGACGGGUCCAAGAAACAGAGAGUCGACUCCGUAACACAUGCGAAGUCCACACUAGUUUUCAGUAAAAUAGUAUGUUUUC